UCAGCUGUGAAUCAGUCCUUCAGAAGAAAAAAAAUGAGUGAUGAAAACAGCCUUCCUCAUCGAGUCGUGAUGAUGAUGAUGAUGAGGUGAACCGGCGGUUGUAGACACACUCACACACACACAGACCGUCAUCAGCAGCAUCAGCACCGACAGGUUCCCGACACCCACACUUCCGGACCGGAGAAAAGGAACAGGGCAGCUCCGGGUCGAGAUGAAUCCGUCUUCCGCCGUCCGAUGCUGCUUGAACCGAGGAUAAAGCGGAGGAGACGCCGGCUGCGUGUCGUUGAAUCUCUGCUGAAGCGGUGUGUUCGCUCCCACACUCCGGAGGUGGAAACGGGCUUUUUAUCCAUCAUCCGAACUGUCUGCCCUCAACUGUUGCACUGUAAAUGAAUCUUGUAAGGUUUAAGAAUAACCGCGUUCCUUCUAACAAGAGAUACCAGCCCACAGAGUACGAGCAUGCUGCCAACUGCGCCACGCAUGCGAUGUGGAUAAUCCCCAGCCUGCUGGGCAGCUCAGUGUUACACUACCAGUCAGAGGACCGAUGGGAGCGCCUGUCAGCCUGGGUAUACGGGGCGGGCCUCAGCUCACUCUUCAUCAUCUCCACCCUCUUCCACACUGUGACCUGGAAGAAGAGCCACCUACGGUCUGUGGAGCAGUGUUUCCACAUGUGUGACAGGAUGGUGAUCUACUUCUUCAUUGCAGCCUCCUACGCCCCUUGGUUGAACCUUCGGGAGCUGGGCCCGUGGGCGUGUCACAUGCGCUGGCUGGUGUGGGUGAUGGCGUCUUCUGGAACCACCUACGUCUUCUUCUUCCAUGAGAGAUAUAAGCUCAUGGAGUUGAUCUGCUACACGGUGAUGGGAGUUUUUCCAGCUCUGGUCAUCUUCUCCAUGCCGGAGCAGUCUGGGUUGUGCGAGCUGUUGGUCGGUGGAGCCUGCUACUGCCUCGGCAUAGUCUUCUUUAAAAGUGACGGCAUCGUUCCGUUCGCUCACGCCAUUUGGCACUUGUUUGUUGCAAUGGGAGCAGCCGUCCAUUACUACGCCAUCUGGAAGUACCUCUAUGCCCAGACGCCCAAUACGGUCCAGACUUCCAGAUGACAUCAGUGAUGCCCUCACAGGAAGUAACUCCUGUGACUGAGCUAACGUUGAGGAGAUAACGCAAGCUGUGUCCAAAUUCAGGAGCUGCCUUAUGUAGAGGCUCGGGUAAUGACCUUUGACCUUCUCACUAACACAGUGUGUGACCCUGUGUGACCAUAUCAGUGCACUCAGGUGGUCCUGAUCUACUCUUAAAGCCAGACUUUUUCAUGUUUACUGAAUUCAAACAGCGGACAAAUCAGUGAAAGUAACCAGUGAACUCAUUUUCUAAAGUUUUUAUAUAGAUUCUAUUAUAAUUUAGCUUUCAUUUCCAGUCAGCAAGCAUUAGGAGACUUUUAUGAGCAGGUAUUUAGUUUCACAUCAUACUUUCAAUGUUCAAAGCAGUUUCAUAAUGAAGGGAAUUUGUGAUCAAUAAAUGGAAGUCUGAAUAAUAUAGCAUAAAAAAACAUUCCAGUCUCUCACUCCAGUCAGCUCCAGCAGCACACAGCAGCAGUCAGUAGGCCUUUUAUCUGAAUAUAAAAACAAAGCAAAGCCCAGACUGUCCCAGGCUGCUCUAAGACAGAGACUCCACAAAAACUAAAAAAAACUUCUGGUCAUAUAACGAUGAGUCAACCUUUUAACAUACAUUCACCGGCCACUUCAUUAGGUACACCUUUCUAGUACCGGGUUGGACCCCUUUUACCUUCAGAACUGCCUUAAUCCUUUGUGGCAUAGAUUCAACAAGGUACUGGAAACAUUCCUCAGAGAGUUUGGUCCAU